AUGACCACUCCCAGCGAAGCAUGGCCCACCCCGCCACCCACGCUCAUCUCUACACGCUCUUCGUCGAUGCCCUCCGCUACCUCACCCCUUAAAUCCCAGGAUCCAACCCGAAGUAGCCGCGGUCCGGGGCGCCCCGCCACAGCACGCCGUAUCUGGCAGGACCCAUCGAUGAACAGGAGGCUAGUCCGACUGUAUCUCUACACGGCCGAGACCUCGCUGAACACCAGGCAAAUAAGCAAUCUGCUUACCGAGCUUGCUCAAGAUGCCGAGAAGUGUGAAAGGUCCGAUAAACGUCAGUCUCUGCCUUCGUCACAAACGCGGUCCAAAACACAGUCAAAAAUUCGGUCAACGCAGAAGGAAUUGCGCGAGCUGCUCUCCGACGGAUACCAUGUACUUCGACCUUGCAGCCGAGAGGCUGCUCGAGCCAGGAUCGCCGAGUUCCGUCUCAUUCGUGACCGCCGAAUCGAAAAGUCACGCAAACGACGGAAACCUGGACGCCGCCUGAACUCGGCGACGCAUCCAGAGGUUAGCCAGUCAAAGCUUCCGCAGCUGACCCAAGCUGAAAUUCAAGCCUCUGGAUUCUUUGACGUGGAGAUUGCGCCUCAGCGAUCGAGUGUCAGCAGCUUCUCUUCCUGGGCCAGCACGGACAGCACCAAGCCUAACGCUGGUGGACGAGGAAACCAGAAGCAUGUUCGUCUCUCUUGGUUGCGGGAGAGACUUGUGAGCUCGUCCAAAGAGCGUCCAUCAUCCUCAGUCAUCAUGGACAUCCGCAGUCUCAUCAGCUUAAAUUCCCUGCGCAGCUCGCUGUUCUCUCGCAACUCAUCGCUGGCAUCGCUGGCAUCGCCACCCGCCACUCCAGACUUCCCUUUUUUUGAUGACCAAAGCUUUGCGCGACGAAACAAACUCAUCAUCAAGUUCUGUUGCCAGAACCGCCCGGACUGCCUCCAUCGCGAAGCCGCUCUGUUGUGCAGUAGUACCCAACCGGAGGCUCUCCUGGGCGAAGUGGCUCUCAAGGAGAGAUCGAUCAAGGACGGCCGGGAUAUUUGGAACAUGACAAUCCUCCAUCUUCUGGCUCAGUGGGGGAAGGACACGUCGGUGGUGUCUCUCCUCGCACUUAUCGUCCAUUAUUGCGAGCCUUCCAUGGUUAGCGCCAGGAACAUAGACGGCGACACUUUCCUGCACAUCCUCGGUCGCCGCUGGUACGGGCUCGCCGAAGUUCCGAAUUCCGGCACCCUUGCCGACCUUGUCACUCUGGUGAGCUCGACGGAGUUUCACUUCGACUCCUGCAAUAUUCGAGGGCAGAACGUUCUCGCCUCGUUCAUCCCGAAGACUCUCGUGACUCGGAAGGCCAACUCAGCCCGUAUGGAUCUCCAUCUCCAUCGCCGGGUUGUUCACGCACUCCACUCUUUGCUUCAAGUCAAGGAUGGGGGUCGCUUCCUACUAGAAUCACUUAGGACGAUCUCCUCAGACUCCCAAGGCGAUGUCUUGGCGGCGUUUCUCUGGUCCCCGGCAUUGCUGACAGAAUCGCGUGCUGACGAGUUUCUCCUCUCCACGGAAACCCAACAAGGUUUCGAGUACUGGCGCGGGCUUGCGGCCUCGGGAGUCUUCUACAACCCCAUUCCCAGCCUCCAUACCUACCUCCAGCAUCAAACCAUCAUCUCGGCCGACCUUCUUGAUCAAGGGGCGGAUCCGAACGAGUACAACAAGGAAGGCCAGACAUGCCUCAUGGUCCUUCUCGAAAAGGCCCACCACCUCCGCCUCUCCGAAUCAACGAUGGCUCGCCUCGUCCAGAUGCUCCUCGACCACGGCGCGAACCUGAAGCUCCUUGACCAGGAUGGCAACACCGCCCUGCACUACGCUGUACAGGCUCGGCUGCCCAACAUCGCCCAGCAGCUGAUAAGCGCCGGCGCAGACAUGGAUGCGCGGAACAUAUUGGACAAGACGGCGGCUCACAUAGCCGUGCGGCAGUAUGCGCUUGCGAGGCCGGGAGGUGGCGGAGGGACCCCAUAUGCCCUGGCUCAGACCAUGCUGAUCCGGUUCUUCGACGCGAAGAUUAGGAAUAGGAGGUCGCUGCCUCGGAUCCCGGAGUGA